AUGAACAGUCAAGGUUCAUCUGGCUAUGGUGCUAUGGGUUAUGGGAAUGCUGAUUCCUGGGGAGCUCAAAUUGCUGGGGCUGGCAGUGGUGGCCCUGGUUCAGUACUUGCUGGUCAAUCUCCUGGUGAAGCCGCUGGGUAUGGGAAUCGAGGUUAUGGGUACGGUAGUUACGGUGGAAAUGAUGGAUCAUAUGGGAAUCCAGCUGGGUAUGGUGCUGUUGCAAGACGUGGGGGGAAUCCAGCUGGGUAUGGUGCUGUUGCAGGACGUGGGGGCACUCCAAAGAGUAACGUUGGCGGUCCUGGUGGAGCAGAACUAGGACGUUCUGGGGGCACCCCAAACAGUAACGUUGGUGGUCCUGGUGGAGCAGAGCUGCAGGGGAGUGGUGGCGGCUACAUGGGGAGUGGAUAUGGUGAUGCAAAUGGAAAUUCUGGGUAUGGAAAUGCAGCGUGGAGAUCUGAGCAAUCACAAGCUUCUGGAAAUUAUGGGGCUCCUCAAGCAAAUGGUCCUCAUGGUGGACAGGUUGGAUAUGGCGGUGGUUAUGGUAGUUCUCAGGCUCGAAAAGCCCAACAACAGUGA